AUGUCGUAUAGUGGUCCAAGUCAUUCAGCCAAAAACGCCAAUUCGCAAGAGCCUAAGCUACCUUCAACGCUUUAUUGCUAUGGCUGUGAAAAAGACAAGCCUAUUCACUCGUUCUCGAAAACACAAGUUACAAAGGCCAUGUCUAAUAUUCAUAAUCACUGCAUGAAAAAACAACAAGAAGAAGACACAGAUGACAGUGAAGACUUCGAUGACUCAGAUGAAGGUCCUUACAAUGAAACAUGGGAUGAUAUCUUGUAA